AUGGAGAGCGACAAGACACCAUCAGAGAAAAUGGAAAUAAAAAAACCAAAGCCAAUAAAAGCGCGAAGCAAACAAACAAAAAGGAAAUACACCCGCCCAUUAGUGGGGAUGGAAGACGGUGCCAUCGAACAAAACAUCUUGACUGACUUGGCGAAUAUGAAACUCGUUGUCGAUGGUAAAGGUGUUUUUGGGUGUACGGAGGAUCACGCGCGUGUGCUUAAGAGCCACGCGAUAUUUGGACUCAAUGCUGUGAUGCGAGCAAUUGAAAAGGACUUAAUCAAGUAUGUCGUCAUUGUCAGUUAUAGAAAGGCGAAUGAAGGGAUAGAAGCGUUAAGAAACAUCCUCACGAUGUGUACGACAACACGACGUAUCAAAGUCUAUUCAGCAAUAGAAGAGCCGGAGAUGGUGAAAAACUUAUUUGGUCUUAAGUGUGCGCCGGGUGUCAUUGGCUUUAAAAAGUCGAUAAAAAGUGUGAAAGGAUUAAAAAACUUUUUUGAUUGA